AUGCCCGAACAGCUGACUCUAUACCUCUACAAGGCCUCGCCUUACAGCCAGAAGGCCGAAAUGGCUCUUCUCGAAGCCAAUGCGCCCUACAAGGGCUACCAAGUCGAUCUCUUUAACAAACCAGAGUGGUUCGCAGGCAAAGUGAACCCCAUCGGCAAGGUGCCUGUUGUGACAUAUGGGGGACCCGAUGUCGACCCCGAGGACCCUUCGCCCUUAUCCGCUAAAAUUGCAGAAUCUAAUGUCAUCCUCGAGUUCGUAGCGGACCUCUAUCCCGACUCUGGCCUCCUGCCAAAGGAUCCUGUUCUGCGCGCCAAUGUCCGUUUCUUCAUCGAUGCAACUACUAAACACGUUCAGGAGCCGUUUUUCGCCUUCCUCCGAGGACUCGAGUCGUAUGAAAAUGUCCUGAAGGGAAUUGAAUUUAUUCAAGGACUUCUCGAUGAGAGCCGCGAAUUCGCGGUUGGAGAUCAUUACACCAUUGCAGAUACAUGCAUCAUUCCGCAUAUCGCAAGGCUCAAGAUCGUCACCGAAAAUGACAUAGGGAAAUUCCCUGUUGGUAUGGGGUAUAAGCUAGGCGAGGAGUUAAAGGGACCUAAGUUUGCCAAAUUUAUGAAAUACGUUGAGCGAAUGCUGGAGCGUCCGAGCUUCAAACAAACUCAUGAUGAGGGAUUUGUGAUCACAGCAUUCAAGAGGGUGUUCGCUGGGCGCGUACAGUAA